AUGGAUCUUGACUUGGAUAUAGAUGAACCUCGAGAGGUCAAAAGACCGGUAUUCAAAAAGAAGAAAGUACUAAACAAGAAAAAUAAAGUGAAAAGGGAAUCGGGGUUUCUUAAUGAAGAAGAGGAAGAAGGACAAUUAAAGCAAAUAAUACAAGAUGAUUCAACAACUCAAGAAAGUUCAGGGAAGAGCAUUGAAAGUAGUUGGAAUUCUGGAAUUGGAGGAUUCAGAAAAUUGAAAAGAACUCGUGAAUCUACCGUAAGUCUAGUAGAAGAAGAAUCCAUUGAUGUCAAAAUGAAUGAUGAUGAAGAUGAAGCUCAUAGUAAUAAUAUUAGUAGUUCUAGCGCAGACUUGGGUGCAGGACAGGAACCAAACAAUGAUAAUGGAAUUUUAGACUUUAAUAAUUAUGAACCAAUGAAUCCAUAUCUCACCAAUAUAAACCCUCCAGAAGAUAUCUACGAUUUGGAUCUUCCUGUAGAUUCUACGGAAGAAAAUAGUGGAGAUAAUUCAGAGGAUGAACAAAACCAGCAUUUCAAAUUGAAAGAGAUUCUCUCAAUUGAAGAACAAAAGGAAAAUCUUCAACAUAAAAUAUUUGAAUUAAAAGAUUUAAAACAAUCCAAUAUUGAAGAAAUAGAAGCUAUAAAGAAUAAAUUUGAAAUGAAUAAGGAAAAGAAAUUGAAUAUGAUAAAGGAAUUUGAAACAAAUUUAAUAGUAUAG